AUGCCUCUGCAAGUAAUUGUCGUUGGAGCGGGCAUCGCCGGGCUUUGUGCGGCUACUGCAAUGAAACAAGCUGGACACCGUGUGGAGAUAUUUGAGAAAUCACGGUUCCUAAGUGAAGUCGGGGCCGCCGUCAUUCUCUCGCCGAACUCCAGCAGCGUCUUGGCACACCUUGGGUUUUCGUUUGAGCGUGCCCAUGUGCGUCAGCUCAACACAUGGGAGACGGUCGAUGGGAUCACUCUCGAGACUAUGGGCAGCAUUGACCAGAGCCGCUGUGAGGAGAAAUUUGGUAUGCCUUUGAUGGGCGUUCACAGGGUAGAUCUACAUAAUGAGCUCAUGCGACUUGCUGAAAGCAGGCAAGAGGAUUUCAGCCCCGCCAUCUGCACGAUACGCUGCGGGGCGCAAGUCGUUCGGAUCUCUCCGGAUGACGGUUUCAUCGAGCUGCAAGAUGGCCAACGCCAUUAUGCUGAUUUGAUAGUGGCUGCGGAUGGGCUCCACUCCAUUGCGCGUGCCCCUGUCGUGGGAGAGGAUGGAUUGAAAUCCACAUUAACGGGAUUUAACGCCUUUCGCUUCUUGAUUCCAAGCUCGAUGAUCAGGGGAAACCCAGAGUUUGAUGAGAUACUCGCGUGGAAGUCUGACGGUCUUACCGUUUUGGCUGAUACUUGUGACAAGGUAAAUGAGCGCCAUAUGGCUUGGUAUGAAUGUCAAGAUGGCGCGGUCCAAAAUCUUGUGGGUAUUCACCCGUCGACAGCUACCCUCAAGUCAGAGGAUAAUGAAGCCAAUAGAAAGGUCAUGCUGGAAGAGUUCGGCCAUUUCCAUCCCAAUAUUACGAAACUGAUGAAAAUCGCCCCAGAGAUCCGAUCUUGGCCACUUAUGCAAAAUGACCCUCUUCAUCGAUGGAGCAAAGGCAAGGUCCUCAUAAUUGGCGAUGCGGCGCAUGCUAUGCUGCCCUUUGGGGGCCAAGGCGCCAAUCAAGCUAUCGAAGAUGGGGGCGCCUUGGGGCGUUUGUUUCAAGAACUAGAAGACCCAGCUGAGAUCCCUCAUCGGCUCGCUCUGUUUGAUAUGGUUCGCCGUAAGCGAGCAUCUCGAAUCCAAAUUCUAUCCACUGUUCGCAUUGGCAAGGAGAAGCAGGUUGAGAAAGAGCUCGAAAAGUACGCUGAACCUGGAGUGUUGCUGCCGACAAACUUCGAGGAACGAACCUAUCAUGAUUUCAGCUUUAAGGUGCUGAAGCGAUGUGAGGAAGUCCUAGCGGCGCCACAACUCCCGAAUCUGGGUAGUAUCCGUCAGGAGAACUUGCUCGGUUCCCACUCAACAAGAAUUCCUCUUGCCUUGUAA